AGAAAGUAAAAUUAAAGACCACAAGAUUGUCAAGUAAAUCUCAUAUGAUUCCUUUCUCUAUUCUUCCACCACUACCUUUGAUCUGAUUUAUACCAAAACAUCUUCUUUUCUUGUCAAAAAGUAAACAGUAGUUUUAUUGUAUUAUGGAGAAAUGAGAGCAAGUUUCUACCUUGAUCUCCUUCAAAAUCACUUUAGCUGAAAUAGUAACACUGUGAAGAGUUCUUCUGCGUCUGAUCCAGAAAUCGUAGCUGAGAAAAGAAGAAGAAGAUGGCGUUUGUGACCACUGCUGAAGUAUGUGACGCGAAUCAAGAGCUGAUUCGGAGUGGUCAGCUCCGAGCUUUGCAACCCAUUUUUCAGAUUUACGGCCGUCGACAAAUAUUCUCAGGACCAGUUGUUACUGUCAAAGUAUUUGAAGACAAUGGCUUGAUCCGUCAAUUCCUGGAGGAGAAAGGGAACGGUAGAGUUCUUGUGGUUGAUGGUGGAGGGAGUCAAAGAUGUGCGAUACUCGGAGGUAACCCCGUGGUUCAAGCUCAGAACAACGGAUGGGCAGGGAUUGUUGUGAACGGAUGCAUCAGAGACGUGGAUGAGAUCAACGGUUGUGAUAUCGGAGUUAGAGCUUUGGCCUCUCAUCCGAUAAAGGCGAGUAAGAAGGGACUUGGAGAACAACGAGUUCCGGUUAAUAUUGCAGGGACACGGAUUUGUGAUGGAGAAUGGCUUUAUGCAGAUACUGAUGGGAUCCUUGUCUCCCAGAUUGAGUUAUCCGUUUAAACAACAACAAGGCUUGUCUCGUAUGUGAUCAGUUUUACUUGGUGGUUUAUUACCAUUGUUAUUUUCUUUUGUGUUCCACAUUAAACUCUAUGAAUCUUAUUACUUGAGCGACGGUUAAGUUAUGAUUGAAAAACUUAGUAUUACAUUUCGAAUGAA